AUGGACGAGUACUUGCUCAAGAAUCAGCUGGAGCUCACAGCCGACGGCCAGUACGUCCGCUGGGGCAAGGAGAACAAGAGGCAACCGCGUAACUGGCCGACGAGCCGGAAAGUCUUUGACAGUAGCGUCAUUUUCCUGUUGGAUACCUUCACGUUUCUGGUGGGUCAGAUCUUCGGGGCGAUUGUCUUUCCCCCCUGGUCGGAGUCAUUCGGCCGCAAAAAUCUCUAUAUUCUGAGUUCGGCAGGGAGUGUGGUCUGCUGCGUCGUCCUCGGAGCGACGCAUUCCCUGGGAGCCGUGAUCCCUGCGCGAAUCAUAGCCGGAUGUCUGUCGGCGAUUCCCUAUACUGUCGGUGGCGGGAGCAUCGAGGAGAUGUUUGAUUCGCGGGCUCGGAUUUGGGUGAUAUUCAUUUGGACGAUUGCGUCAAAUUUUGGCUUGUUGCUGGGGCCCAUCAUGAGCACUUAUAUCUCUGCCCACCUCGACUGGCGCUGGGUGUUUCACAUCUCCGCCAUCAUCUUCGCCGUACUGACCGGGCUAUUCCUUCUGAUCCGCGAGUCUCGGCCCUCGCUUCUCCUUGCGCGUGAAGUCGCGCGCAUCCGACACGAGACUGGCAACGAAACCCUACAACCGCUGAACCCCGACCACACACCCGACUUCCAGACCUUCCUGCGGGUCUCCCUCUUCCGGCCGCUGCAGCUGUUUUUCGGGGAGUUGCUCAUCUUCGUCGUCGCCAUCAUGAUCGCCUUUUCCUUUUCCCUCGUCUACGUCUUCACCGAAGCCCUCCAACCCAUCUACGAGUCGAUGGGCUACACCGCCGCGCAGUCCUGUUUGGCGUUCGUCGCCAUCGGGGUCGGCGUCGUCUUCAGUACCUUCACCCGUUUCCUGGAUCACCGCAUCUUCGACGCACGCAAAGCGGCGGGUCAGCCCGUCAAGCCCGAAGACAAGCUGUACGGGCUGGUCAUCGGCGCCCCCGUCUUUGCCGUCGCGCUGUGGUGGUUCGCCUGGACGAUCCCGCCGCAGGUCGCGCAGCUCCCCUGGAUCGUGCCCUCCCUCGCGCUGGUGCUGAUCGGGUUCGCACUCAACGAGUUCGACACCGUGCUGUACGGGUACCUGUCGGAUAGUUACUUGAGCUACGCGGCAAGCGGGACGGCGGCGGUGCAGUUCCUGCGGGCGCUGGCGUCCGGGGUGUUUCCGCUGUUCACGCGCCAGAUGUUCGAUGGGUUGGGGGCGAAUGUGGCGGUCUCGGUGCUGGCGGCGCUGGCGACGGGGUUCUGUGUGGUGCCGGUGGUGUUUUUGUGCUAUGGGGAGCGGAUUCGCGCGCGCAGUCAGUUCGCGCGGUUUAGUCUGGAAGUGGAGGAGGAGUUGGGGACGACGGGUGAGGAGCGGGAGAAGUGAUUGCCUGGAAGAUAUAUAAUAGUGACUUUAUAUAUGUAUGCUGUCGGAAGAUCUUGGGUAUCAGUUGUAAAAUGUCACGGUGGAAGGGGGUCAUCUCAUUCCUCAGGGAUGUGUUCAAAAGGUAUAUUGUGGGGUGGAAGCACCGUUGGUUGUUGGCAUAUCAUGUUGUACAAUAAUGUCCCUAAAUUCUAGUAAGCUGAAGCAAAAUCUCCUCUACAAUAUUGCACCACAUCGACCCACCGUCCG